UCUGUGGAACACCAACGCUAAUCGUCAUCGGAGAUUCGGAGUGGUCUUGACUCUUGAAUCCGUGGAUCGGAUUUGCUGCCUCAGGAGGUGAGCGCGACGCCAGCACUCUGUUAGAAACCCUAGAGAUGGUGCGAGAGUCCCUUGCGGUUUUACCAGGGUUUUGAUCGGCCAUGGCGCUCGGGAAACUCACCGUAGUCAUUGGAGCAGGCAUACUUGGAACUUUUCUUGCAAAGGAUGGACAAUUUCCUGAUGUUACAAAACUCUUUUCUGGUGCUUUCAAGAUUGUGACAAGACACUUACAACAAGAUAAAGACAACUCUCGAUCCACUAGUAAACCACAAACUGAUUCCCUAUUAGCGCAGGUCAAUACUCUUAGAGAGGAGUUGCAAAUCUUGGCUUCCUCAAGAUCAGUUACAAUUGUUACUAGUGGAGGAUCAGGUUCUGCAAGAUUUGGUGUUACAACUGUCAUUGUUGUUGGAGCUCUUGGAUAUGUCUUUAUAUGGUGGAAGGGAUGGAAACUUUCAGAUCUCAUGUUUGUUACUCGGCGCGGCUUCUCUGAUACUUGCAAUCUCAUUGGCAAACAGAUGGAUCUUGUUUCAUCAUCUGUUUCUGCUGCUAGGCGACAUCUGUCUUCAAAGAUUGACCAUGUAGAUAGUAAUUUGGAGGAGUGCAAGGAGCUUGCCAUGGCAACCAAGUUUGAGGUGUCAGAACUACAUGGAGACUUAAGAUUGGUUUUUUCUGAUAUGGAAUCUGUCCAGUCUGCCGUUGAGACUCUGAGGUCAAAGCUUGAUCGAAUUGAAGGAGCUCAGGAUUUGACAUCAAGAGGAGUCUCUCAUCUUUGCCAGUUUGUUGGGAACUUAGAGCAACGCAGGAAUAAUGAACUUAUUCAGGACUCAUCAAAACGAGCAAUUGAAUUUCCACAAACUGCAGUAGUGGCAAGGGCACUCUCUUUACCACCGCUGUCGACAGAAUCAAGGUCAUCUUCAGAAUCACCAUCACCGUCUUCAUCUGCUUCACCAUUUACUCCUCUUGGGAAUCCCAGAGUUCCACGUUCAUCAACAGUUGUAUCAACUUCAGGACUAAAGGAUUUGCAGAGCUUUGUGAACACUACUAAAGAAAGAGACUCUAAGUCUGAUAUUCUUCUCACUCCUAAAGUUCCAAAUGGAUCUACUGCAGAAGAACGUGACGGUACUGCAACACCAAGUUCUUCUCGAACCUCAUGGAAGUUUCCAAGCAUCAAUUUUCUUUCAAGAAGCCGUAGUUCCACAGACUAGUUUCCUGAAUAGUACUGCAAAUUUCAUGAUAUACAGGUUUAAUUAGGAUAGAGCAUAAAUAUCAUCGUAAACUGAUCGGUACAUUUUUGUUCUCUCGUCAUGUACGUUUUAUUUUCUUCAAGGGCUUUUGAGGAUGUCAGGCAUUUGAUCUUAUGGGAAAUUGAUGGUACCAGAUCAAACAUGUCGCUUCUGCUUGAUUUACUGAAGAGAGGGAAACAUCCACAGUUCUUGGAAGAUAAACUCCAAUGAUAUGUUCUUAAUUUACCGACUCUUGUAUUUUGUAUGCGAUGGAACAUGUAAAAUAUUGUCAAAUUUUGCAAAUAAAUUAAUUCAAUA